AUGUCGCCCGCACCUACCAAUACUGCCUCGGCUCCGCAGCCGUCAGCCCUCCCACCUUCUUCCGACACGUCGAACCUACCCCAUCGCGAGAACACGGUAUCGGAUGCCACUUCAGCGCCCAAAGUGAAACCAGCCCGGAAGCCUCUUCUCCGCCUGGAGCUCCGUGAUCUGUCCGACGACGGCACGCGUGCCUUCCUCCGCCUUCUGCAUGCCUCCACUGCCCUCGAAACCGCCAUAGAUGCCAAUGGCGUCGCCUACACUACCGGUCGCGACAUUGACGAGGACCACAAGGAGAUUCACCUCAGCACCGACUACAUCAAUCACGUCCCGGAAAGCAGACAGAAAGAAGAAAUACAAGGUGUAAUUGUGCACGAGAUGGUACACUGCUGGCAACACAACGCACUAGGUACAGCUCCAGGCGGCUUGAUCGAAGGCAUCGCAGACUGGGUGCGCCUGAAAGCUGGAUUUGCGCCUCCACAUUGGAAGAGAACCGCCGAUGGUGACUGGGACGCGGGUUACGAACGGACGGGCUUCUUCCUGGAGUGGCUAGAAGCUGCUCAUGGUGUGGAUGUUGUCCGCAAGAUCAAUGAAGGACUGAGGGGCUGCAAGUACGAUCCCGAUAGACUAUGGCACACGUGUUGUGGCAAGAGUGUCGAGAAUCUAUGGGAUGGAUACAAAUCCAGCCUCGGAGAUGGAGAUUCAAAGCAAUCCCCGGCUGAGUCUACUUAG